UCUGAUGUAUUGUCACGCUGGGUAUUGGGGGGUGGUGUGUCUGACUCGAAUUGGAUCCAUCGCAUUGGCCUGGUGCAGUCAGGCCUGUUUGCCAUUCAUAUUGCUUCCCUAGUUUCUCGGACCAGACUCCUGUCAUCAUUCAACAUCUCUACCUUGGCCAUCAUCACCAUGGGUCUUCCUCUGCCGCGGGUCUUUCCCCGGGCCAUUCUGCGCCGCACCUACGGUACCGUUCAGUCCACCCCCAGCGCGGGCUCCUUGUCCAGCAAGUUCCCCCCGGCGCUGCAGGAAGCUACAGUGGCGUCUACCCCGCGCACCACCUGGUCCAGGGACGAGGUCCAGCAGGUCUACGAGACCCCAUUGAGCCAGCUCACCUAUGCGGCGGCCGCCGUGCACCGGCGCUUCCAUGACCCCGCCGCCAUCCAGAUGUGCACGCUGAUGAACAUCAAGACGGGCGGUUGCAGUGAGGAUUGCUCUUACUGCGCGCAGUCCUCGCGCUACACCACCGGCCUCAAAGCCACCAAGAUGAGCCCCGUCGACGACGUACUGAACAAAGCCCGCAUGGCCAAGUCCAACGGCAGCACGCGGUUCUGCAUGGGUGCCGCCUGGCGGGACAUGCGCGGUCGCAAGACCAGCCUCAAGAACGUCAAGCAGAUGGUGUCGGGCGUGCGUGAGAUGGGGAUGGAGGUAUGCGUGACGCUGGGCAUGAUCGACGAUAAACAAGCCAAGGAGCUCAAAGACGCCGGUCUGACAGCUUACAACCACAACCUGGACACCUCGCGCGAAUUCUACCCCUCCGUCAUCACAACGCGGUCGUACGACGAGCGCCUCCAGACGCUCUCGCAUGUCCGGGACGCAGGCAUCAACGUCUGCUCCGGCGGCAUCCUGGGCCUCGGGGAAGCCGACUCAGACCGUAUCGGCCUCAUCCACACCGUCGGCUCCCUCCCCUCCCACCCGGAGUCCUUCCCAGUCAACGCCUUGGUGCCCAUCCCAGGCACCCCGCUAGGCAACCGCAAGAUGAUCUCGUUCGACAAGCUGCUCCGCACCAUUGCCACCGCGCGCAUCGUCAUGCCGUCCACCAUCGUGCGACUGGCCGCGGGCCGCAUCUCGCUCUCCGAGGAGCAGCAGGUCGCCUGUUUCAUGGCGGGCGCUAACGCCGUGUUCACGGGCGAGAAGAUGCUGACUACCGACUGCAAUGGCUGGGACGAGGACCGCGUCAUGUUCGAGCGGUGGGGGUACUACCCUAUGCGCAGUUUCGAGAGGGGUCGGCUCACCGCUGCUCCCCAGCCCGAGGAAGCCGUUGCGGACGUCCCGGGAGUCUCUCCUGCGCCGGCCGUAGCGUCGUAAAUGGAUGCCCAUGAGGUAGAUAGUUCACUUACAAUCAAUUGAAACUCGAUCUGGC